AUGCUUGGAAGUAAUAACACGAGUACGGCGCUGAGAAAUUCUGCCGAAGCAACGAUUUCAACUCAAGAUGUAGUUUUCGCCUCCUUGUACUCAUUGAUAGUUCUCUUUGGAGUGAUAGGAAACUCAAUCGUGAUCACUAUAAUACGCAAAACAAAAUUAGGUCACACAACAACAAACUAUCUGCUAAUGAACUUAGCUUUGGCAGACUUGUUAACGUUGUUGUUUUGCCCCGGAUUGUACGACUAUGCGCUUCAGAACGUUCAUUUACAUGGAUUCUCGGGAGAUUUGAUCUGCAAGCUGUUUGCGGGAAAUGCUAUCGUUCCAAUCACCAUCAACGCAGCCGUUCUUACGGUCUGCACGAUUGCUGUGGAAAGGUAUCUGGCGCUUCUCAAACCUUUUCACUCUAAUUUGAGAAUCAACGAGGAUCGGGUUAAAUAUUUCAUAUCUGGACUGUGGUUGCUAAGCUUGUUGUCGUGCAUUCCAGAUAUUCAAGCCAAUACGUACAACUCCACUUCGUCUUAUUCAAAAUAUCCCUGCAAACGCCCUUGGAGUUUAGAUGAAUACGCUUUUCACAGACCCUUUAUCAUCUUUACGUGUGUUGGAUAUGGUGCAGUGAGUUUUAUCAUCCUACUAUUCUGCUACUUUGAAAUCAUCCGUGGCUUAUACUUCACGAAAACAAUUUGCUCCGAGUCGUCUGCAACGGGAAGCCGUGAAAAACUAGAAAAGAAACGACUGGCUAAACUUCUCAUUUGGCUCACCAUCAUUUUCGCCCUCUGUUCGUUGCCAUUUGCGGUAUUUUUCAUAAUUUUAAUCUCCUCUAAACAAGCAUUCGUCCAGGAUAAUUACAAUACACUCCAUCUACUUCACAGACUAUGUCGCCUCUGUCUUUUUUCGAACUCCUUUUUUAAUCCAUUACUUUAUGCUUUGCAAAGCACCAACUUUAGGGACGGUUUCAAGAAAAUCUUCGAGAGCUGCAUGCUCUUUAGAGCCUUUAAAGACUUCAGAAGAACAUCUCAUCAGUCAUAUUGUGUGGAACUAGAUGGACCUGCUAAACUGUAAGGUUAGAGGAACAGUUUUGUUCCACUGACUAGGUAAAACUGUCGCCGCAUUCGAAGCAAUCACCAUAUUCAUCUAACCCAUUUAGAGGGACUACAAUUACAACACAAUACAAUAUUUUAUUUAUACACGUAACACCAAGGAGCUCCUGAGUGCUCGUUAAACCGUGUACGUGAGUAUUAAUGUAAAACAAUAAAAUUGUACAAAAUGUAAAAGGAUAAAAUUAAUCAAUUAAUUAAUAAAUACUACCUAAAUACUAACUAGUAAUAAUCUAUGAACAAAAUUUAACAACUUUAAAAAUUUAAAAAGCUCCUCAAGUCAUAUGAACAUUAAGAGCCCGCUUAAAAGAUACAGUGUCUUCGGACUCUCUAACCGUUGGAGGCGACGCAUUCCAUAGUUUACUGACUAAAAAGGUAAAGGAUCUAUGCAUGUACUCCAAGUUAAAUGUGGGAAGUUCCAACCUGGUGCUGAGCCCACGUAAGUUAUAUUUAACAUUCUUAAGGUUGAAAAACUUACUAAUAUAGGGUGCUCUGUGGCUAUACAAACACUUGUAUAACAUAACUAGCGACUGGAAUUGCCUGCGUUGUUCCAAAGACUUGAUAUUAACUUUUUUUAGGAGGUAGUCGUAUGAAACAGACUUCAGAAAGCCUAAGAUACUUCUUAAUAAAUAGUAAUUAGUGUUCUCCAUUUUGGUAGUCUCAGCAUUACCUAUACCCAGCAAAAGAGGGCUGCAAUACUCAAGAUGUGGGAGAACAUAUGCCUUUUAGAGACGUAUCAUUACAUACUUCGGAAUAAACUUGCGUAGUCCCCGCAAGGCUGAAGCUUUCGCACAUGCUUUUUUCAGCUGUUCCUUUAUGUACGCCUUAAAGGUUAGUUUACUGUCUAAGACUACCCCUAAGAUCUCAAGUGCGUCUUGCUUCUCAACCUUCACAUUAUUGAGAUGAAAUUUAUAUUCAUAUAAUGACGGCCCGAUGGCAACAGUUUGCGUUUUAGCGGCAUCAAUCUUUAAGUAAUUUAAUCCGAACCAUCUUAAUAGCACGCUGAGGUCAGAGUUAAUAACACACUGCAGAACUGUCGGUGAGACAUCCGAGGCAUAUUCCGUCGUGUCAUCAGCAUACAGCCUUAAGGACGCAUUAGAAACGAAGUAAUUAAGAUCAUUAAUGUACAUAUUAAAUAAGAGUGGACCUAACAAGGAUCCCUGUGGUACUCCGGUUGUUACAGUUCUCCGCGGAGAAUAUACUCCCUCAAGUUUAACACUUUGUCUUCUACCUAAAAGAUAGGCUGUCAUAAGUUCCAAGGCAUCAUCUGUAAAACCAUACGCUUUCAGUUUGGCCAGCAGAAGGCCAAACGCCCCCUAUAGCAUGCUCUACUGUAAAUAAGAACUGAUCCCGGCCGCUCCUCCAUUUAUUAACGAUUAUUUUAUUUGCAUGUCCGCGAGUAUAAUAACAAGGAAAUACUCUCUUUACAAUGCUUAAAUGUAAAGCUCCUGCCUUUAGUCUUAUUUCCAUAAGAGACAGUUGUUGGGUCUUGCAUUAUGAAAUUAUCUGAUGAAAUAUCAAAUCUUGUAAUGCACGAGCUUUGAAUGGUGUCAACCCUUUAAGUCCCACCAGUGACUGAGACAGAAUUUCUUCUUACACAAUCAGUACAAUAUCAAGCAGAAAAGUAGUGAGAAUAAAGAAAAAUAUCAAUUAGGGGAUUAGUGGUUGAUCCAAUUCCAAUCUCUCCAAACUAACAUCAUAUGAAUUGUAUGACAGACAGUAAGGAGAAUUACUAAUGAGAUCUUGAGAGUUAAAGUGUUAACCAGCAGAACUUUAAUUUAAUUCUAUUUGAUAUUUUUAUGGUCUUACUAAUCAUCGUAAUUAUAUUCACAACUAGCUCAGCUUAUUUACCACCUCAUUUAAUAUAUUUUCCAAUUACCUAAAUACGUCAGCAAAAAUAAACCCUUGCUUUUGUCUGUCUCGACAAUCUGUGUUUGUAUAAUUUAAAAGAAAAGCGCAGAAAAAUCUACUUUUAAUGAUUUAAGAUCGAAAAUAACUUCAAAUCACUUGCUCGUUAUGACUGAAAUACCAUAAAAACUCUUCAUGCCUUUUUAUAUUGUCCUGGCAAGACAUUCUGAAACAUUCACCUCAGUGGUCUAACUGACAACGCCAUACUUCUCGCAUUUACUCAUCUCUGCUGGAAAUCCAGAGAUAAUAAGCCUUUCUGUUGAGACAGCCGAUGAAAGCAGUUGUUAAAAUGCAAAUAUUUCUUUUUUACACGAAGAAUAGAUUAACCUCAUCCAUGUAGAUUUGGGAACAUGCCUGUUGUUUCUCCAGCUUUGUAUUGCAUAUUGAACUAAAAGUGAUGAAGGGAAAAUGAGAAGAGGCAUCAUUUUAUAAAAAAAAUUAGGCUUGAGGUGAAGGUGGAUUAAGUCAACUUACGAGGUAGAUGUGGCCGUCCUGCAGAAGCGAAUUCUAUUAAGUGAGAAGUGUUUUAAAAGGUAAGUUUCCGUGAACGAGAUGGCAGCCCAUUUAACUGGGUUACCCACGUGUAAUUCUUCAGGGUUUCCCGAAUACUCUGUCUGUGUAGAGAGAGGCACUGUGAGAGGAAAAGGCAUUGUCCAUAAAGACAACAUAACCUAGCCUCUAUGACUCUUAACUAAUGCAUAAAGUGGAUGUCAACAUUAUUACCCAGAAAGAGAAUGAUCGGCAUUUUUUUUUCUGUGAUGGACUAACAGAAAUAACUGAAAGAGAAACUACUUCGCAUGAAAACUAUAGAAAAUGAUUCUCGUUAGCUUUGGUUAUUACAUGAAUCCAACCCAACUUAGUGUCAUACAACAAAGCUUAAUGAGUUGGCGCAAACAAGAGAACAUGAGUUGAUCAUCCGGCGACAUGAUAAUAAUGCGGUGGCGACAUCAAAACAUAAUGUAACGCUCUUUCGUAGAUAUUUCUCCCUUGAAUCGCAAUUAAACGGAUCAUCAUUGAUAUUCUGUAACGAAAUGAAACCAUUCCAUCCAUAGAUAGUAGAAAAAGUAGCGGAAAAGGCUAUUCCUCCGAUAGAACAACCAAGACAUAUCGAACGCGCCGUGGGGCGUAAGGAAGCGCCCUUGAAGAAUUGAAAUGGACUGGGCUGUAGAGCAACCCAAAAACCGUUUGAGACCCCAAAAGCCAAGAAGACCGACACUCUGCACGUACUGAUGGUGAUGAACAUUUUACUGGGUGUCUGACGCAGUCGAGCAGUGAAAAACAGGGGUUGUGCAAAACUAAAGUCCUAAGAUGGGGAAGUUUUAUUUGCGAGGCAAAGAAAAAAAAAAAUCCAUCAAGUAAAAGACAGGUGAAAUUUUUCUUCUUGCAAUGAAAUUUCCAGAAAAUGGGAAAAAAUUCGUUUGGGUCUAUCACAUCACAAAAAUCCGAGUUUGUAUAAUCAUCACAAAGAAGUGUUCGCAAAUGAGCUCUUUUAAGGGUAGAAUGACAGGAGUAAUAUCAUUAAACUUUUAUACCUAAUGUUGUGAAUAAUUUUACGAUGCAAUUAAUUAAAAAGGGAAAUAUCACGUAGUAACGUUUUCGUCAAAAUUAAAGUUUGUAGACAUUUCAUGCCGUUUGUUUAUUUUGAAAUGGCUUUUCUCUUAAUGUCUUUAUUGUGUUUACCCUUGUGUGUUGCGGACCUCGAAAAAAAAUUAAUAAGACCACAUUGUAUUUCAAACUGAUUCAAAUAAUUCGGUAUUUUGUAGCCAGAGUUGCUUCCACUAACAACGUGUGGAAAAGAAAGAUUGCGUCGUUCACCUUCGCUGACAUUUAGAUGCUAAUUGUAAGCUCUUACAGAGAAGGGUUCGAUGGAUAAGGCUGGUGAUUUUGAAGAAAAGAAAGCAAGGAGAAAAAAAAAAUAUCUUAAGGUUUUCCGGGGAUUAACAUUCACAGAAGCUUAAUUACUGCCUAUAGUAGAACCUUGCGCAGCGCAUGGAUUCUAUUAUCAUUGGAACAUUUGAAUCCAAUAUUGCAAACGAAUCAGCUUCUUCUCGGGUUUGAAUCUAACUGGCGUGGCCUUUAUGAAUCUCCAUAUCUGCUUGAAAAAAUGAAUAAACCACUGCCAUUGACGCGCUUGACUCUCAGGCUGGUAUAUUCAAAUUUAUAUUAAAUUUCGGAUGAAACGUGCGUUGUCACUUAUUGAAAGAGCGUGCUCUAUGACAGUAAAGAGCACAGAGCUGAGCUAAAGCUGCCACGCCGUCUGCCAAAUUGUACUAUGUCCAAUCUUUUCAGGGUCUUUUCUCUAGUUUUUUUCUUUAAUUGAAAGUGAAAUUUCGGAACAGGCUAGUCGGCACAAUCAGACAAAGGUUUGUAAACAUGCCAGGCGCCGUAACUGACGUCAUAGUAAGCCUAAACACCCGCUUGUUUUCGUAUUUAUUACAAACGGUUGCUAUCAAGGAGCGGUAUGCUUACUUAAAAACCUGCAGGCAAUAUUGAACUUAAACUAUGAGUUCUAAACGCUUUAGAUCAGUGGAAGCCGUAGGCUAACGUUUAAGAUAAUUUUAACGAGAAAACUCUCUGAUGUCAAUGAAUUUAACCUGGGAUACUCUCUAAUUUUAGACACGGAACUGAUCGACAAAUUGAAUGCUAAUAUAUUAGGAAAUUCGAUUCACCUGUAGAAUCAUGGGAACAAAGUAUUUACACAGCUGGACUUUCGAAAUCUUGUGUGAAUAAAAGAUAAGCUUAAACAAUUGAAAGCCUCUCUUGUGAAUCUUAAGGGGAGAAUACUUGUCAAGCUGUUGGGAAUAUUAAGUAACACUCGGGGUUGUUCCUUUCUGAAGAGCGAUGAGUUCCGCAAGUAAUGAAACUAAUUUUACCAUCGACGGAGAAAAUAUACAAGGAGUUACACCUGAAAACAUUGUUUUCGCAACGAUUUACUCAAUCAUUGUGUUUUUUGGUGUGAUUGGCAACAGUAUUGUGAUCGCCAUCGUGUGCAAAACGCCAUCAAUGCAUACAACAACGAACUAUUUGCUGGUAAACUUAGCCCUAUCCGAUUUACUAUCGUUGUUAUUCUGUCCGGGAUUUUACGAUUUUUCUUUACAUAACAUAAGACUGAGUCAAACUACCGGAGAUUUUAUUUGCAAGGUAUUUGCGGGAAACGCAGUUCUCUCUGUUACUGUUCUUGAGUCCAUUUUCACCUUGACGGUCAUAGCUGUGGAAAGGUACUUUUCACUUGUGAAACCAUUUAACACAAAUGCAAGACUUGGUAAAGGAAACAUCCGUUAUGCAAUCGUCGUAACGUGGGUAUCAGCCUUGCUUCUAUGUAUACCAGGAUUUUUAUCGAACGACUACGAUCCAGAGGCGAGAGCAUAUCCUUGUAAUCGACCAUGGACCCUCGAUCGACUCACGCCGUUUAAAAGAACUUAUAUCAUUGUAUUUUGCAACCUGUGUAUUGUGAUGCCUACAGUUGUGAUUUUGUUUUGUUACUGCUCUAUUUUCUAUGGAAUACAUUUUAAAAAGAACAUCUGUUGUGAAAACACCGCUGAAAGUGGGAAGGCGGAAAAAUCCAAGAAACGCCUUUUAAAGUUACUUAUGUCUCUCGCCGUGGCUUUUGCUGUUUGUUGUAUUCCAUAUGCAGUGUUCUUUAUUUACGUCUCCAUUAUCACAAAGAGUAAACUGCAUCAAAACUACGGGUCUCUUCACCUUACACACCGAAUGGUUCGAUUUUUUCUCAUUCUUAAUUCAUUUAUUAAUCCCCUUCUUUAUGCAGCGCAAAGUUCUAACUACAGGCAAGGACUGAGGAGAAUCAGCCGACGAUUUUUACAAACACGUUCAAACAGAGUAGCAGAAAAUAAUCAAGAACAUUUAGAACUGGGUAUUUAG